AUGCAUGGCCUUCUGGAGCGCUCGCUACAGCUCCUCCACUCAUUCCAUCCCGCCAACUUUGGUGGUGCUUCUGGACCGCAGAUUCCGCUUCACGCUACCCCUACUGCACAGUCUGCUGGUGUUCCAGACUAUUUUGUCACCGAUGACGGGCAUUUCCAAGGCCCAACCCAGACGGGCGCUGCCCCGUUCCUUGCCCAGACCAACGCUGCGCCCUUUGCCGGUGUAUCGUACAUACCAAACACGCCGUUGGAGACGCAAAUGCCUAUUCCGGGUAACCCAGACAACAAGAAUAUCUUCCAGAGCCUGGCCAACCUGAGUCCCUACUUUCCUAAUCCCCGCGGUUUCGGCGUCAAGGAAUACCCGAUUCCUCCGGGCACAAACGUAACAUGGCUCAACAUGGUCCAUCGACAUGGCAGUCGGUACCCCGAAGUCAGUGGUGAUGCUGCCGAGCGUACUCUGGGCAAGAAGCUUGCAGAUGCAGCUGGCAAAUUUACUGGCCACGGUCCGCUUUCCUUCCUCAACGAUUGGCAGUUUCUGCUCGGCGCUGAGAUUCUGGUUCCCAACGGAAAAUACGAACUCUUUCAGUCUGGUACUCUACACUACUAUCAGUAUGGUCACUUGUAUCCCAACAAUGGAUCCAAGAUUGUUGUAAGGAGCACUACGCAGCGCCGCAUGACAGAAUCGGCAGAAUAUUUUCUUGCCGGCUUCUUUGGGCUGGGUUGGACCCAGAAUGCAACGCUGGAACUUGCCAUUGAAGCACCAGGCUUCAACAAUACGCUUGCUGGCUACAAGCAGUGCAAUCAUUCCAGCUGGCAGUCGAGCAAGGACGCGCUCAUGGACUGGGUUGGUGUAUAUCUGCAUGAUGCCCACCAAAGAAUCAAGAGCAAUAUUACUGGUGAUCUGGACUGGACUCUGAAGGAUACAUAUAACGCGCAAGCCCUAUGCUCCUACGAAACAGUCUCGCUAGGAUUCUCCCACUGGUGCGGCAUCUUCACCUACGAAGAAUGGCAAGGCUUCGAGUACUCUCUCGACAUUGGCUUCCAAGCCGGCACAGGCUUUGCCUCGCCCGUUGGCCGCGCCAUCGGCAUAGGCUACGUCGAAGAAGUCCUCGCCCGUAUGCAACACCACGUCAUCACUUCGCCCACGGCCCAAAUCAACGUGACACUGGACAACAACACGGUCACAUUUCCCAUUGACCAAGCCCUCAACCUCGACUUCAGCCACGACGCCGGCAUCCUCAGCAUCCUCGUUGCCUUUGGCCUCACCCAGUUCAACGACUCCCUCCCCACAACCCACAUCAAGCACGACCGUCAAUUCAUCCUCUCCCACCUCCAGCCUUUUGCCGGCCGCCUCGACAUUGAAGUCAUCAAGGCCCCUGCCCCUGUGAAUCCCAAACGCACAAGCGCCGAGCACAUUUACCUCGAUGGGCCCCCGACAAGCUACGUCCAUUUCAUCCUCAACCAGAGGACUAUUCCCCUGGGCAAAAGCCAUGUCGAGUGCGGCCUUCGAGACGACGGAUGGUGUGACAUGGACACGUUUCUCCGCGUCAUGCACAAGCAGAUUGAGCUGGCUGAUUACGACUAUGCGUGCUUUGGCGACUAUGAGAAUCCAAGUUAUGGUCAUGUAACGGAUGGAAGACCACCCAGGUAA